AUGAAAUUUCUAUUUCAGGAAGAAUGCCAUAACAUAUUGAAUACUCAGGCCAAAAAGCUUGUGGUUUUCGUUUUCACUGCUGAAUGGUGUCCGCAUUCUAUCCAACUUAAAACUUACCUUGAAACGCUCGCAAAAGAAGACCAACAUGUCGUUAUAACACUCAUUGAUAUUGACGAUGAUGAGGACCUGGUUCCCUUCUACAGCCUCUACGCCGUUCCAUCAUACUACUUCUUCAGGAAUCAAGAAGAGAUUGGAAUACAGGUGGGAGGCGACUUUGCGGCUCUGCGCACUUGUAUCCGCAAGUACAAGCGUGUUAAAGAAACUGAUGAGACUGUCCUAUAG